UCACGUUACGACCACGGCGGAGACGGACCGGGGCUCAGACUCAAACUCAACGAUGUGUGUGUUGUGCAUUGAGCCAGAUCAUUAAUCGCGCCUCAUUAAAAAUCUCUAAAUUUUACAAGAAUUGUCUCCUGAAUAUUUCAAAUUACGUAAAAAGAUAACUUUAUUUCCGAUCUACCAUGCUUCCUGGAGAUGCUAAGGAGUCUAAAGACACAGAAACUGCUGUCAAGAGCAAUGAACAUGAGCUGAGUGAAGGUGAGGGUGAGGCGGACGUUAAAGACCAAGCUGAAAAAAGCGACAAGAAGAAAUCAACUUUGGAUUCAUGGGUUAAGAAAUCAGAAAAGGAACCAAAAUCCAGGGGCAAACGCUCAAGGAAAGAAGAUGAUUCUGGAGACAAGGAAUCUGCUUCUAAGAAGACCAAGGCUUUGACUCCAGUGGAAGAAAGUGUUGAAGGAUUUGACUUCAAUGCUUGUGAAAAAACCACUCCAGAUGGAAAAGAAUGGAACUUCAAAAUAUCCUCCUGGAAUGUUGCUGGUCUGAGAGCUUGGGUCAAGAAAGGUGGUCAUCACUACAUAUCCAGGGAGCAGCCAGACAUCUUAACACUGCAAGAAACUAAAUGUCCAGAAUCAAAACUUCCACCAGAAGUGAAGAUUGAUGGGUACCACGCAUAUUGGUUGGGAAGUGAAAAAGAUGGGUAUGCAGGAGUAUCACUUUAUACCAAACAGAAACCAUUGGACAUCAAGUACGGAAUCGGUGACAAAACUUUUGACAAAGAAGGAAGAUUGAUCACCGCUGAGUAUGAAAAAUUCUACCUCGUAGCUACAUAUGUUGUCAAUGCUGGGCAAGGGCUGAAAACUCUAGAUAGAAAACUGGAAUGGAACAAACAGUUUGAAAAAUAUUUGAAAGAGCUGGAUGCCAAAAAGCCCGUUAUUCUAACAGGAGACUUGAAUGUGGCACACAAAGAAAUCGACAUGAAGAAUCCGAAAACAAACCAAAAAUCGCCAGGGUUUACCCCAGAAGAACGGGAAGACAUGACCAAAUUGCUCAGUGCAGGGUUCGUUGACUCUUUCCGACAUUUCUAUCCGGAUGAAGAAGGCGCUUACACGUGGUGGAACUAUGUCGGAAACUGUAGAGCGAGGAAUACGGGAUGGAGACUUGACUACUUCAUUGUGUCGGAGCGUUUGCUGCCCAACGUUUGUGACAGCGUGAUCAGAGAGAAGGUUCUCGGUAGCGAUCACUGCCCGGUCACACUCUUCUUGUACAUUUAGACAUCACCAGAUUAAAAUUCAAAAAUCCUUCUUCAAGACAAGAAUCUCAGGGACUAACAGCAAGACUACGGUUAGAAGUAAGAAAAUUUGUCAAGUAAAAUAUUUAUGUAAAACUUAGUUAUCUAAAUGUCACUUGUGUCUGGAAAUUAUUCUGAAUGUAAAGUUAAAUUUUAAAAUUUGACUAAAAGCAUUAUUUUUGUAGGGUUACGAUGUGAAAGAUUCGGAUGUGGCUAUCUUCUAUUCCUAACAGUAAUGAACUUUUCUUUAUUGAAUUUUGUAUUGAUGUUUGUUGAUCUGAGUUGUUUGAUUUAUAAUUUAGUUUGUAAGAGGAAAAUGUGGAUUUUCUGUGUAUGAAUGUGAUUAAACCAAAAAAGGUUAGGAGAACUAACUUUUCACUUGCAUUUUGUAGUUGUUUCUGUUUAUUAAAACUUGUUUUUUCAGUAUAUGUUUUUAUUAUUUAUUUAGACUCCUAUAAAAAAAGCCUAAAAUGUUUGAUAAACAGUCUCAGCAAACUGACACGUACUUUCUCCCAUAAGCUUGUCAACAAUCUUUGUAAUGGGUAAGGGAUCGGAGUUACUGAUAUUUUAUGGGUAAAAUAAAAAAAGUUGCAGUAAUUUUAAACAAUAAUUUUUACAGCAUUGGGGUUGUACUACUUAACUUAUUUUGAUUAUGAUUACAAGGAACACAACUUACUAAAUAAAAUGCCAAUCAAAAUCG